AUGGGUCGCUUAUUUGAUAUUGUGGGAGAAAGGGGUUGUAUUGACAUGGUAAUCUCUCUAACCGCAACGGUGGAAUCUGCUAUGGCUCGUCGUCAACGGCAGCAUAGAUAUGAUAUCUACAUUAUGAUUGAGGAAGCAUUAAACAAGCAGAGGACUAAGAUGAACACUGGAGAAGAUGUUGUCGUGCGGAAGUAUAAUCUGGAUAUUUUCAAACCGAGGUUUAGCACAAAGAACACAUGGCUGCUCAUUUGUGGUUCAAAACUGCAAGUUAACUGGUACUCUACUGUCUGGUUCCCUUCCUCCACUCCGAAAUACAGUUUCAUGGUUUGGAUUGCGAUGCAUAAUCGGUUGUCCACUGGAGAAAAAAUGCUCCUCUGGAACUCUGGAAUAAACCCUGGAUGUGUUCUAUGUCAACAUCAACUGGAAACUAGAGAACAUUUGUUCUUUGAAUGCAGCUACUCACAAGAGAUAUGGCAGAACUUGACUCACAAGAUUCUACCUUCCAGAUUCUCUUCUCGGUGGCAAGACAUCAGGGAGUUAUUGUCAGAUAAUACUCAGCCGAUGAUACAGCUCUAG